AUGGCAAUGGUAGUUAGCAGCUGGCGAGAUCCGCAGGACGACGUGGCCGGGGGCAACCCCGGCGGCCCCAACCCCGCAGCGCAAGCGGCCCGCGGCGGCGGCGGCGGCGGCGGCGAGCAGCAGCAGCAGGCGGGCUCGGGCGCGCCGCACACGCCGCAGACCCCGGGCCAGCCCGGAGCGCCCGCCACCCCCGGCACGGCAGGGGACAAGGGCCAGGGCCCGCCCGGCUCGGGCCAGAGCCAGCAGCACAUCGAGUGCGUGGUGUGCGGGGACAAGUCGAGCGGCAAGCACUACGGCCAAUUCACCUGCGAGGGCUGCAAAAGUUUCUUCAAGAGGAGCGUCCGCAGGAACUUAACUUACACAUGCCGUGCCAACAGGAACUGUCCCAUCGACCAGCACCACCGCAACCAGUGCCAAUACUGCCGCCUCAAGAAGUGCCUCAAAGUGGGCAUGAGGCGGGAAGCGGUUCAGCGAGGAAGAAUGCCUCCAACCCAACCCAAUCCAGGCCAGUACGCACUCACCAACGGGGACCCCCUCAACGGCCACUGCUACCUGUCCGGCUACAUCUCGCUGCUGCUGCGCGCGGAACCCUACCCCACGUCGCGCUACGGCAGCCAAUGCAUGCAGCCCAACAACAUCAUGGGCAUCGAGAACAUCUGCGAGCUGGCCGCGCGCCUGCUCUUCAGCGCCGUCGAGUGGGCCCGAAACAUCCCCUUCUUCCCGGAUCUGCAGAUCACCGACCAAGUGUCCCUGCUGCGCCUCACCUGGAGCGAGCUGUUCGUGCUCAACGCGGCCCAGUGCUCCAUGCCGCUGCACGUGGCGCCGCUGCUGGCCGCCGCGGGCCUGCACGCCUCGCCCAUGUCCGCCGACCGCGUCGUGGCCUUCAUGGACCACAUCCGCAUCUUCCAGGAGCAGGUGGAGAAGCUCAAGGCGCUGCACGUCGACUCGGCCGAGUACAGCUGCCUCAAAGCCAUCGUGCUGUUCACGUCAGAUGCGUGCGGCCUGUCGGAUGCCGCCCACAUCGAGAGCCUGCAGGAGAAGUCCCAGUGCGCACUGGAGGAGUAUGUGAGGAGCCAGUACCCUAACCAGCCCAGCCGCUUCGGCAAACUCCUACUGCGACUGCCCUCCCUGCGUACCGUGUCCUCCUCGGUCAUCGAGCAGCUCUUCUUCGUCCGUUUGGUAGGUAAAACCCCCAUCGAAACUCUCAUCCGGGAUAUGUUACUGUCUGGGAGCAGCUUCAACUGGCCUUACAUGUCCAUCCAGUGCUCCUAG